AUGCCCAUCUCGUCUCGUCGCUGCUGGUCCCAAGUGCCGUCGGUGCUCUCCCCGCAGCAACCUUACUUGUCGUAUCACGAUAUUCUCCUCACCUACGAAGACAUCAAGUCGCUCAAGAACGACUGGUUGACAGACAACGUACGGCACACCUCCUACCCUGCGCUUGCUCCUACCUGGCUAACAAUUGCACAGAACAUUGCUUUCUGGGAAGAAUGGCUGGAACGCGAAGUCCUCCCCAAGUACCCUCAAGCCCGCAUCAUCCUGCUUCGGCCCUCAAUGACCUUCCUCCUCAUGAAGGAGCCCGACAUGCGCCAGAUCCGCUCCGCCCUCCCCGACUUCUCCAAAGUAACACACAUCUUCCUCCCCAUCAAUGACGCCCGCAACGUCGCCCAGGCCGAGGGCGGCUCCCACUGGUCCCUGCUGCUCGUCAGCGCCAUCGACGGCGUCGCCUUCCACUACGACUCCCUCGGCGGCGCAAACUACGCAGAAGGCCGCCUCGCCACCCACAAGAUGUCCGAGAUCCUCGGCCGCCCACUCCGCUAUCUCAACCUCGACGACUCUCCCCAGCAGGAGAACGGCAGCGACUGCGGCGUGUUUGUGUGUAUCCUAAUGCGCCACCUGCUCAUCAAGCGCCUCCUCAGCGCCAACGCUCGCGAAAAGGUCAGCAUGAGCAUGGCCAAUAAGCUGAUUGACAGCCACGGCGGACGUAAAGAGAUGCUCAAAAUUAUCGAGAGCUUGCGCAAGGAGGGCGAGCGGAGGAGAUCGAGAAGCGCAUCACCGUACUCGUCAAAGACGCCGCCACGGAUCGAGUAG